AUGGCUUCCGCUACCAGCUUCUACAGCUUUGCGCCUCAAGACAAGACCGGCAAGGAGGUUCCUCUCGAGGACUUCAAGGGCAAGGUCGUCCUCGUCGUCAACACGGCCUCCAAGUGCGGCUUUACCCCGCAGUACGCCGGCCUCGAGAAGCUCUACACCGGCCUCAAGGAGAAGCACCCCGAUGACUUUGUCGUCCUCGGCUUCCCCUGCAACCAGUUCGGCGGCCAGGAGCCCGGCUCCGACGAGGAGAUCCAGAGCUUCUGCCAGCUCAACUACGGCGUCAGCUUCCCCAUCAUGAAGAAGAUCGAGGUCAACGGCGACGGCACCCACCCCCUCUACGAGUGGCUCAAGAACGAGCAGCCGGGCCUCAUGGGCCUCAAGCGCAUCAAGUGGAACUUUGAGAAGUUCCUCAUCGGCCGCGACGGCAAGGUCAAGGGUCGCUGGGCCAGCACCACCAAGCCCGAGGCCCUCGAGAAGGACAUUGUCGCCGAGCUUGAGAAGAAGGCUUAG